AUGCACAUUCUUCUGAGUCAACGACUCGCAAGCCUGUACUCAGUCAGAGCCUUGCGACCAAGCCUUGCUUUUCUAAUAAUUCACUGGUCCAAAGAUAUGGCACAACCUCAAAGAGCCAUUGACCAUCGAAUCUCAAUACCUCUCCAAAAUAACGACUUGUGCAAUCAUCCCCGUCAGCCCUCGGCUGCUGACCUUUGCCCUUCAGAGAUCAUUGAAAAGAUCAUAUCAGGCUUGGACAAACCAGACGCUGCAUCCACUGCAAUUGUCUGUAAAACCUGGCUUGAACCAUCCCGCAUAUGCCUGUACUCCAGCCUGCAGUUCAUAUACCCUGCUCCGCUACUCGCCUCUACACUACGGACAUGCGCGGCUGCACGAUCAUACAUCCACACGCUGUCCUUGAGAAUUGUACCAUAUCCCUUGCCAGACAUCCCACCUCAGACACCUGCAGAUUAUGACUGGCUUCUCCUUCUCCCUCCGGGAAACAUCUGGUCCUUCCAUGUCGCUUUUUGGUCAUUGGGAGAAAUGAUUCUGCCAGAUGUCCUCAGGCAGCUCUGUGCGACCAGCCUUUCUGCGCUUGAAUCUCUCGUCAUAAGCAGUUCCUUCAUUGAUCGAGAGACGAUCAAUCUCUUCGCUUCUCUUCGUUCUUUGAGAGAAGUAUGCCUUUCGGCACCACUGACUGUAGUCUCGAAUGCGGAAGUCCCAGUUUUACCUCCGUUGACAAGGCUCGGAAUACAUGCCGGCAUUCUAGGUGACCUGCUACUAUCACUCCCAAUUAGUUCCUUGUCAUCGACUCUGACACGAUUCGACUUCCGAUUGCCUCGCGAAAUCAGGAACACCCUAUUUUCACGCCUUCCCCCGAUUCUCAAGGAAUUCAAACUUCUCCGUCGUUUGACCGUCGAGGCAGAUUUGAAAUGUCGUUCCAUGCCCUUUAUGGACGACAUCAUCGGACAUCUCCCACGGUUGGAGUACCUUCAUGUCUGUAGUGGUAUAUGGAGCUCUGUCCUACUCGAACGCUUACCACCUUUGGUAACAUACUUGAGCUUGGAGAAUCGAGCUAUCGCCAUGGCCUCACCACAGCCAUUUCCCAUCCCAUCGAUUCUGCAAAUGCUGGAUGAGCACGUCGGUGUUCUGCAGACGCUAGUGUUGCAAAUGUACAGUCAACGGGAGAUAAGUCUGGAGCCGUUACGAAGGAUUUGCCGCUUAAGUAACAUUAACCUCAUUAGGCCUUUCUUGGUAGUAACAGAGAAGGAGCCGAGAGACGACAUACCCGGCAUGUGCUCGGCACCGCCUUCGGGACUCGAUGCUGGCAUUGCCGGGCGACUGACGCGCACCUCCAAGUCUGAGAGCGACGCAUUGAUAUCUGUCCGCGUAGCCUCGCAAUGGUUUCAAUGGCUCCCUGUCUUGUUUUUCUUUAUGGCCAGCAUCGACAUCGUCGACCCGCCACCUUUACAAAAAGACGGAGACAGCAACAACAAAGUCUCCUUCUUUGAAAUUGGGAUCUAAAUGUAAUGUUCCUAUUCACCCACUGCCGGUGCUUCGACCGUUCAACUGUCUUGUGUUUCGAUAACAAGACCAAGUGCAAGAUCCCGGAACCUUUUUAUUCAAUGUUCGGCUCUGAAAUUUUUGGAAUUCACCGGAUCUUUCAAACUUUGUACAAGGAAAUUCUUCGCCUGGUUACCUUGCAAUUCACAUGUGUGCAUCUCUUUAGCAGUGAGUGAUAUUGUCCACAGGGGGUCGGAGCUCAGCAAAAGAGCUCUAGCAAUGGUUUUCUCUUCAGCCUUUGUCAGACUCUUUGGCCGUCACUGUGCUUUGUUGGUUGUCUUGUAUCGGACCGCAGCCCUG